AGUUAACCUGGUCUGUUCUCACGCCGCGCGGGGCCUCCCCGGCUAAUUCCAAAACAACGCCGCUUUCCAUCUGAAAUACAGAGAGAUCGAAAGAGUUGAGUUGAUCUCUUCUCCUCGCCAUCUAUUGUUCUUUGACUUGGAAAUCCCCAUCAUCCUCAUCGUCUUCUUCGAUCUUCAUACCCUUUUCCCUUGUCUCUGUCCUCUGAAUUCCUUAAUUUCACAUGAUUCUGACUCAACCGCCUUGAAAAUCGAUCGGCUUGUCAGCAAACAGCUUCAUCGAAUCACUCGUUGUUCGUCGUUAAUCAGCGAAAGCUGUCCCGGAAGAAGAUGAUGAAACUGAAGCCGCACGUUUUACCUGUUCUCUGUGCAUUCUCUUAAGUUAUAUUGCAGAGAGAAACUUCAACCCGAUUCUUCUUCUAACUCUCCUUUCUUUUAUAUUAUUGAGAAUUCCGUCCAAACACAGUUACGCCUUUUUAACGAUUUGGAGUUUUCUAUAACUAUGUUUUUCUAUAUGUCCGAUUUCUAGUGUUGUCUUCUGUUAAGCAAGUUCAAUUAAUCUUGAUCUUGCUCGACGGCCGGCGAUGGGUUGCGCAACUUCGAAGCCGCCAGUGUGCCGGAAAUGCCGGGCGCCUUGCUCGCCGGUGAGACGGAGCUUCUCGUUGCACGUCGGCCACCCGCCGCCGGAGCUACAAGCGGAUAGCCACCAAGUCGUCGCUCUCACCUCCACCACCUUGGGCUCUCUCAUGCUCAAUUCCCUCCACCACAGAAUAGAAGAAACUUUUCCGAUGAUAGACGACGGCACCGACGGUAAAAAUGCAGACGAAAUAAACAGGAGCAAGGAGUUUUCAAUGGGCGUGAUCGAGGCCAAGACAUGGUCCAAGAUGAUCAACGACAAGAUACCCAAAAUCGUUCCAAAAACGCCCACAGCCACGCCGCCCGGUGAGCCGGAAACGAUCAACGCCUGGGAAUUGAUGGACGGUCUCGAAGACAUUAGCCCUCUUCGCCCUGCCCACAAUUUCCGAAGCUUUUCCUUUCAUCUUGCUCCCAAUGGCAACUCACUGCCGAAGCAAAUCUGGCUUGAGAUGGAUGAUAAUGAUCAGUCGACCUCAAAUUCAAAUGCAACGUCUAUAAUCUCAGAGUUUGAUCCCGAGGUCAUUUCCACUUUCAGGGAAGUCCUCGAAGAGCUCCCUCCGGCGAGCCCGUUUCGCGUCAAUCCACCGGACAUCGAAAACCAGCCGACCAUCGCCGGAAGUGUCUCGCCAUUGGAGGACGAGAAGAAGUUCAAGGGCGACACUGGGAAGUUGAAUAAAGAGAGGGUAAUUUUGUACUACACAAGCCUGCGAGGGGUGAGGAAAACAUACGAGGAUUGUUGCCAUGUUCGGGUGAUUCUGAAAGGGACCGGCGUGCGAGUCGACGAGAGAGACGUUUCGAUGCAUUCGGGGUUCAAGGAGGAGCUAAGAGAGCUUCUGGGAGGUGGGUUCGCCAGCGGCGGCUUGCCGAGGGUGUUCCUGGGGAAAAACUACAUCGGCGGGGCUGAGGAAAUCCGGCGGAUGCACGAGGAGGGCCAGCUCGAGAAGCUGCUGGAUUGCUGCGAAAUGGUGGAUGACGGCGGCGCUGGCGCCGGCGUGUGUGAGGCGUGUGGUGAUAUAAGGUUUGUGCCAUGCGAGACGUGUUCAGGGAGCUGCAAGAUCUUCUACGAAGAAGAAGAAGAAGAAGAAGAAGAAAAAGAAGAAGAAGAAGAAUGUGAUCGUGGGAGUGAAUAUGGCUUCCAAAGAUGCCCAUAUUGCAAUGAAAAUGGGAUCAUCCGCUGCCCUAUUUGCUGUGAUUGAUCAGAUGGAAGAUUUCAGAACCUUCUUUCUUUCUUUCUUCUUCGAUCCUUAUUUGUUUCUGGUUUUUAUCCAUAUGCUGCUUGUAUCCAGGGAUCUCAUGGCCUAACUAGAUUGGCACUUUACUUGGGUGCAAAAAGUGAAAUUCUUCACUUUUACACACUGGUUCAUGCACGUGGCAGCAGUUAAUCACGAUAUACGAUAUCGCAUUAGGUAGGAGGCACAAUAUAU